AUGUUCUUGACCUACCUGCUGCAGUUCCUGGACAAGGUGGCUUUGAAUUAUGCCAACGUGAUGGGGAUGCAGGAUGAUCUCGGGAUGCAGGGCAAUGACUUCUCCUGGCUGGCUACGGGGUUCUUCAUCGCUUAUGCGGUCGCUGAGAUUCCCCAAGCAGGCUUCCUGCUGCAACGAUACCCGGUUACCAAGGUUCUCGGGGUCAAUAUUCUCUGCUGGGGAAUUCUCUUGUGCUGUUCGGCCGCGGCGCAGAACUUCGCCGGGAUGAUGUCGCUGCGAGUGCUUCUCGGUGCGCUGGAGGCGGUCAUUGCCCCCGCUCUGACAAUGUACACCAGCAUGUGGUACACGCGCGCCGAGUCGACUCCGCGAUACGGUCUCUGGUACUGCGGCCUGGGCACCGGCCAGAUACUCGGCGGGCUGAUCUCCUUCGCGGCGCAGCAUACCGCGCCCACGCUCGCCUUCCACGGGUGGCGGAUCAUGUUCGUGGCUAUUGGGGGAGUGAACAUUCUCGCGGCGCUGCUAGUCCUCCUCGUACUCCCGGCCACUCCGGCCGCGGCGGGGUUUCUGAGCUCCAGCGACAAGGAGCGCGUGGCACAGCGGCUGCAACAGGAGCAGGUCGGUGGCACGGAGGGCGAGAGGGGCCUGCGCCCGAGGUCGUUCCUGGAAGCAUGCGGAGAUGUGCAAACGGCCCUGCUCGUCCUCCUGACCAUCCUGAUCACCAUCCCCAGCGGGGUCAUCACCACCUUCUCCUCCAUCCUGAUCAAGGAGUUCGGGUACAACUCUAAGGAAAGCGCCCUGCUGAAUAUGCCCUCCGGGGUGGUCAGCAUCGUGGCGACCAUGGGAUCGACCCUGGCUAUUGCCCGAGGUUACUCCCGGUGGCUGGCGAUCAAUCUCCUCCUGCUACCCACCUUGCUGGGCGCGUGUUUGAUGUCUUUCCUGCCGUCUUCGAAUCAGGCCGGUUGUCUGGCGGGUAUAUAUCUGGUGAACACGACUGUCGCGCCGUUGGCUCUGAUUUUCGCAUGGACCGGUGCGAACUACAAGGGCUACAGUAUGAAGGUGGCGGGGAGUACGCUCGUCUCGGCCGGGUUCAGCAUCGCCAACAUCAUCGGCCCGCAGACCUUCCAAGCCCGCGACGCUCCAGGGUACAUUCCCGCCAAGAUCACCAUCGUCGCCGUCAAUGCCGGUGCCAUUGUCAUCUCCACCACGCUGCGGGGGGUAUAUGGCCGUCGGAACGCGCGGGCAGAGCGAUUGGGUCAGGCUGCAGGCAGUCACAUGGAACGACGUCUAGAGGGGGCUGGAGUUGGGGCUGGGGGGGAGGGGAUCGACUUUCGCUAUGUGUAUUAG